AUGUCAGACAUUGAAGUACCUACUCUAUGUUCCAAGUGUCUUGGCAAAGAUCCAAACGUCCGGAUGAUCAAACAGCCCCAAGGAGAAACUUGUAAGAUAUGUACCCGACCAUUUACAGUAUUCCGUUGGCAAGUCAAAGAUGGGUCCAAACGGUCCAAAAACACAAUGAUUUGCAAGACUUGUGCUAGGCUGAAAAACUGCUGCCAGUGUUGUAUGCUUGAUGUGAACUUCUUGAUUCCCACAGAAAUCCGUGACACAGCGCUCCGAAUGGCAGGCUUGGGUCAUCUAGUAACGCAGCAGUCAGACACCAGGAACUUAGAGGUUAAAGCAAUAAUCGCAGAUAAGCAACAAGCACAAUUCGAAAAACAGGACAAGGAAACACUUGAAAAUAACGAGAAAGCCAGACAAAUACUUCUGAAGUUAGCAUCACAAGUUAAUGAGACAUCAAUAGAAGCAUCUCCUAUGAGAAAAGCAUCAAAAUCAGCCAGAACUCCAGAUACUUCUAUUCCAGCUGGUUUGUCCAAGGUCAUUAAGAGACUCCCAUUCAGCGGGUCAAUACAAAGCAGUGAGAAAGAACUCACUUCUUUUUUUGUUUUUGGAAUCCCGGAGGACUGUCCACAAUAUGAAAUGUCCGAAUACUUUGAACAAUUCGGUAAGAUCAGGUUGAUAUCUAUUAUCCAUAAAGCAAAAUGCGGGUUUGUGUCUUACACUUCAAGACAGUCAGCCGAAAACUUGGCCAACUCUGUCUCAGAAAACGGGCUCAAUAAGAACCGGUCUACUCCAGGACUAUUGUUGCUCAGGAAGUCAAUUCCUGUCAGAAUUGCAUGGAGUGAAGUAAAACAACUAGGAAUCUCUUCCAGCGAGCACAAAAAAAUAGCAUUAGUGGUUAAUAAGGUCAUGGAACAGUUGGCAGAGAAAGAUAGCAAGGUAAGCAAAGGAGCUUCUAAAAACCCCCACUCAAUCAACCAGUCCAAACAAGCUUCGAAGUCGACUGCUGCAAAGUCAAAGCCAAUAUCGACCAAGUACCAGGCUUCGCAGCCAGAUUUCGAACUUUGA